AUGCUCACCAAGACUCUUUUUCCGGGCGUGGCGGUGGUGACUGGUGCUGGGGGAACGGGGAUCGGUGCAGCAGUUGCAAGAGCGUUCGCUGUCGCAGGAUGUGAGCAUAUAGCCAUCACCGAUUUGAAUGAGUGCACCUUAGAGCACACAAGACAGGUCGUUGCCAAUGCUCAUCCCAGAACCCAGCUGUUGGUUUAUCCGGGGAACGUGGCACAUGAUGGAUUUGCACAGUCUUUUGUCGAGAAAAUAGUCGAAUCAUUCGGCCGCAUCGACUAUGCCGUUAAUUGUGCAGGUGUACUUGGUCGGCCUCUGCGGUCGGGAGAAACAAGUCUGGCCGAGUUCGACCGCGUAAACAAUAUCAACUACCGUGGUUGCUGGUUGUCUUCGCGUGCACAGUUAAAACAGAUGGUCAGUCAAAGUCCUCUUCCUAGCCAUGAUCCGGCGCGCCUGCCCCAGCGUGGAGCAGUGGUCAAUGUUGCGAGCCAGCUAGGACUUGUUGGUCGGCCUGAUGCGCCCGCCUAUUGUGCCUCAAAGUCUGCCGUUAUUGGGAUGACGCGUGCCGAUGCAAUUGAUUACUCUAAGGAUGGAAUACGCGUAAAUUGUGUAUGCCCUGGUGUUAUUGAAACCCCUAUGAUUAUGGAUGAGACUGAGGUCCGCGAAGCUAUCAUGCCAGCGGCAGAGAUCGCGCCAUUAAAAAGAAUGGGCAAGCCAUCAGAGGUAGCUGAUGCAAUCUUAUUCUUGUGCUCAACAAAAGCAUCAUUUGUUCAAGGCCAUGCUAUGGUUGUUGAUGGUGGGUAUAUUACAGUAUAA